AUGGACGAGACCAGCUUCUGCAGUGGUAUUUCCACGGCCCGGACUUGUAAGUUUUUUGAGUAUUUAUAUUAUACUGGAAAAACUCCACGUUUUUAUUCUAAUUUUAGAUGAAUCGAUCCCCAUUACUGCUCAGAAUCGGAUUCAACACUUGGAGAGUGAGAAUUACAAUCUGAAUGCUCAAUUGGCUCAAGUUAUGGACAUGAAAGACGUAGAGAAUGUCGACAAAGUUAGUUUUCUUUAUUCUUUCGGAGUUUAGGUCUCAUGGGUAAUAUAAACACGUAAAAAUUGUAGAUUCGCACUCUUUCUGUCAAGUUGAAUCGGCAGAAUGAGGAGAUUGAGAGUCUGAGGAAACAAUUGGAGGAAAAGGAAGAGCAUUAUCGAAAGACCAAGAGGCUGAAGGAUAAAGAAAUCACUGCUCUCAGAACUGAUCUUGUCAGGUUACGGGAUGAGAAUGCGGAGUUGAAACAAGAGAAAAUGGAGAUGGAGGCGGCCAAGAGCGACGAUGAGUCGAGGAUUUACCGAAAUCUGCUGAAUCACUCGAAUUCGGCCAGGGGUCCAGGAGUCAAUGAACAAGGUAAAUUAAAGAAAAUAUUGGUCCAUUUAAUGGUUCUGUAGACGGUUAAAAAAUCUUAGGGGACUCGGAACUUGCUAUGUUUAUAAUCUAGGUUUCAUAUUUGAAAAAAAAAUUUUUUGAUUUCUAGUCCAUCCUGCGCCACCUCAAGAGAGGUUCCAAUCGGGCUCGCAGAAGAUCCCAUUCAUCUCUAAUUCUCAGCCAAAGUCCGCAGUGUCCGAUUAUAGGAACGAAAAUCCCGAUUUCUUCCGCAAGCAGUGCCUCGACAUGGACUCGGUUUGCUCGGAGAGUGUUGCCAGCGAAAGCAGAGUUCACCUAUCCAUCGAUGCCGAACUCUCAGUAAGUUGUUUUUCUUUUGAUUGUUACUGGUUUAGAUGGUAAAUGGCUCCGGGUUCCGAGAAAUUCUGAAUUUGACCAAUGCUGCCCAGUCGAAUGUCAGGAAUUACAAAAAGGUCCUCCACACGUGGAAGUCGAACAUUCAUAUUCUCUUCGAUCAAGUUAGAAGCACUGCCAAUUUCCUCGGUGAAAUGGCAACUCAGAUGGGCAGGGAUUCAGAACAUAAGGAGACUAUUGAAAGGAUCUUGGCCAAGAUCAAUGGGAUGAAUUUCACCCUAAACGCGAGCCUGGAUCAGACUAGAGAGAUCAUGGAGGGGGCAAAGGGAAUGGAGGAGAGCUUGGCUGAGCUCAGCAAUGUCAUCGACGACUCGUUGAGGUAUGGAUUGGAGGUUUUUUAUAUUGUAGUAGGUGUGAAGAUCAAUGUACUGAAAAUUCAAGAUUUUUGCUGGAAUUUUGGUAGUUAUUUGACUUUAUUAGGGGUUUAUAUGACGUUUGGAGUAUUUUGGCAGGUCAAUAAUGAGGAAAACUAUAUUACACUUGCCAUCUGAUCAAGAAAAUUUUUGUGUGAAAAGUCAGAUAUCUUAUUAUAAUUAAAGGUUUUGGUAUUUAUAAACCUACUACGAGUUUUAAUGUCAUAUUUAUUUUACAUUUUCAGGCGAUCUAUGUCUAUUUUGGAGGGACAGACUAUUGCUCAAAAUGAACGUGAAAUUGACCUCAACAAGGACGUUGUGGACGCUCAUAAUGAGUUGGCGGCACAAAGAGAGAAGACCCAACGUCUUGAGAAGGAACUCCAAGAAGAACGAGCGAAAAUUGAAGAGCUUUACAGGGAAUUGGAACAGAAACAAGAUGCAUAUGCAAAUGAAAUCCAGGCCAAAGGAACUGAUUACAAAAAGAAUGUGGAACUUUUGGAGACCAGUUUGGUCAGAAAUAGAAAUGUAAGAGAGAUUUGAAGAGCUUUGGGGGAGAUUUUUAUAUUGUUUUAGGUGGUUUUGACAUCUGGUUUUGGUAUAAUAUAGAUGGGUGUUGAUUUUUUAUAAUAAGAAAAUUGUUGUUGAUUUUUGAUGUUUAGGAAGCCGAGGAAGGAAAGGAGGCUCUAAUCGAUCUGUCGGAACUCCGUGCCGCCUUGGAAGCCUCUCAGAAUGAAGUUCACAAGCAGAGAAUGCAGAAUGACAAGUUGAAUCGGCAGGUGGAAGAACUACAGGUUGAACUUCAGGAGUGCGUUGAAAAACUUGAUAAUGCUUUGGUAAGUGGUUGAAGAUUUUUUUGGAUUGUUUAGACUGCUUACGACAAAGUUUUCGAUGAAUGUGGGAGCCGAGGGCAGAUGAUAAAUGAGCUCCAAGUGGAGCUGGAGAAGGCUAACGAGGCCAUGAAGGAAGUUGAUGAGUUGAAAAUGAAGCUGCAACAACUUGAGUCCCAGAAUCGGGCGUUACAACAGGUCAAACACGAGUCUCCGGAGGCCCUGCAACAGCUGGCUUUAGUCCAGAAACAACUUGACGUAGCGAAUGAAAAGGUCAGAAAGUACAAUGAAUGGGUAAUCAAGAUCGCAGAGAAGGUGCCCGAGGACAUGGGAAUUCGGUAAGAGGCGGUUUUGAAUGUUUUGUGAGGUUUUGCAUGAGUUGGUGACCUAAAGUAAUAUAAAAUUGGUUUAGACCGGCCGCAGAUGGAAUUGCGGACAUUGUGGGAAAGAUCAAGGGCUACAUUGAGAAGUCAGUCAAGGACAAGAAGGAUCUGGAUGAACUCCAUGAGACCAUGAAGAAAGGAAAUCAAAUUUUGAGGAAAAAGAUUGAACUCGGGUAAGUUAAAGUAUAACUUUUGAUGUUUUUGGGCAUUUUGAGGUGUGAAAUUAGUUGGUUUAGGCAAAAUGGAGCCUGAUUGGUUAGUUGAAAGCAAAAUUUUUGAUUUAUAAUGUUUUCGGGAUGUGUUUCACAUUAUUUUACACGUUUUGAUGCCGUUUUUAGAGCCGCCCGACAUGGAGUAGAACUGGAUCUGGGCCAAAUGUCCCCAGUUCGGACGGACCCCCUUAAAAUCGACAGUUCCAAGGAAUUCUUCAACUAUUUUGACGGUUUGGUAUUCAUGGCCAAAGUUCUUGUCAAAAAGUUGAAGUCCGAACCAGAAGGCCCCGGACAGCAGCAACUCCUCGAAGACGCCCGACAACUGAGGCUAGCCCUGAUGAGCGGCGAAGAGUUCUUCAAGAAGAACAAGGAGAACCUCAAACUGCGUCUACAGGGCAUGGGACCCGACAUCAGAGACCACCUCGGACAUAUCCACCAAGUGCUCACCCAGGUCCGGGAUAACGUCAGAAAGACCCGCUGA